AUAUCUCGACUUCUCCAACUCCUUAAUUCCAACCCCGAGCUCUUACCAACCCCAUCAUCGCCGUCGCAUCCCUCUACGCCGUCGCCGACUAUCUCCUUCAUCAGAUAAAUAUAUCUUUUGACUCUCUUCCGGUUCAUCCGUAGCACUCGUCACCAUGGGUAUCAGUCCGCAAAUUUCCAACCUGGUCAUCAUCCUCGGGAUGAUGCAGGUCUCCAAGAAGGUCGAUUUUGAGAACCCAGAUGUCCUCAACAUUGUCCGUGGACUGUAUGUUGCAUCCAAUGUGAUCAUCGCCAUGGUGUACUUGUACGUCCAGUCGCAGAUCAACAAGAAGAAGGACCUUAAGACUCUCAAGUACGUUGAGCCCUCCGCCAUGGGAUCGACCGAGGAGCCCAAGCUCGUCACCACGACCGUCCACGCCUACGAUAUCCAGCAACUCCGCGCUCUGUUCAAGUCGCAGCUUAUGGGUGUCGGCAUGAUGGCCGUGAUGCACUUGUACAUGAAGUACACCAACCCGCUCCUGAUCCAGUCCAUCAUCCCUCUCAAGGGCGCCUUCGAGGGCAACCUCGUCAAGAUCCACCUCUUUGGACAGCCAGCUGAGGGAGAUCUCAAGAGACCCUUCAAGGCCGCCGCAUCCUUCAUGAGCGCGCUUCAGCAGGGUGGUGAGGUUGCCAGCGACAAGAAGGCUGUCGAGGCUGCUGAGAGGGCUGGCCGUGGUGGUGCCAAGGAGGAGUAGGGGGUUGUAGACGUGGGGAUUGGGAAUAGACUUGCAUUGAAGUUGAGAAGCUCAUAAUGGUUUAGGGGCUUUCACAGUAGCAAUUGUACAGUACGAUGUCAUAAAACUUUAACGAUUACUGUGAACUAGAUAAUACUAAGUGUCUUUCUAACGCCAA